AUGUCACCAUUGGUAAGUUGCCGAGCUGACCAAUUGAAUGGUAUCCAAGCAGAUCGGUGGCAGAGACCACAUGCUUGUCCAAUAUGCGGUCUCACGUCCGCACGCAAGGAUGUCAUCUCGCGACACAUGAGAGUUCUUCAUCGUGGAGCUGGGGGGCCAGCAGACGCACAUGCAGGACAAGUACCUUGCAUUAAUCCAGACGCAUCAUCCACCGACUCCAAUUUUGACCUAAACGGCCAGAUCGUGGAAGAGCAUCCACCAAACGACAACAACAAUAGGGAUACGAACAGCUUAGUGAACAACCAGGUCAUCCCAGAGGUUCUCCCUUCGUUGUCCACGCUCCUGAACGCACAGAGUGCCGCCGUCGGCGCCAACGUCAACGCCUUCGAGCUGGGUCUCGAUCGGGGAUGGAAAGCUCCAAUCUUGGACCGUGUGCAAGCCCCAGCAGCAAAUGCAGAAGUCGCUCCUCAGCCUCAGAUGAACUUCCCGCUCCUAGAUGAUGCUUUUAUCCAAUGGCCGUGGGAUGAACCAUUCUACGCCCUUCCGUGGUCCGAAGACACAACCAGGAACAUAUUAGCAAGGAAUGGUGAUCCAGACAAUGGAGAAUACCAAUCUUCUGGUUUGUUCCUGGGAUUGAUUCCCUCUGAAAUUGAACAGGCAAAGGUCAACCUACAACUCUUUGACAUCGAGAAUCGACUCAGCGAUUUCGUAUUCCCAACCAGCUAUAUGGUGAUCAGGCUCGUGCGAGGAUUUUUCAAGCACUUUGCGCCACAUUGCCCGAUUAUCCAUCCGCAAACUUUCUCGAUCGGCACAAUUCAAGCACCUCUUUUGCUCGCUGCAAUGGCGUGCGGCGCCGUCUACUUGAAUGAACAAGAGGUCAGCAUCCGCUUAUACUACGCGGUCUUGAAGCUGUUGAGCGAGAACGAAGAUCUGGUAAUUGCUGGCCAAAGGGACUCGGGGUUUCAACUCUGGGAAUUGCAGACGAGACUCCUUACCUGCCAGUUCGGGCUCUUCGGAGGCGACAGUCGGAUUCAGCGGCAGGCUCGUCUGUCAUUCACCAGACUGCACGUGCUCGGCCGCGAAGCUUCUGUGGAGGCUACAAAAGUUUCUGCGCAUGACUGGGCAGGUUGGGUGUUUCGCGAGAGUAUGAUCAGGUGCGUGGCUUGGACCACAGUCCUCAGAGCAGUCUUGCUCUGUAACGAAGAUAAUGCGGUGUUGAGGAGCUCGAGCGCCGAGUUUGAUGGAGCGCUGCCCUGCUCGGAGGAAUUGUGGUCGGCUGGCGGCAUCAGCUGGCAGAAUUCACCACGAGUGACGACUUCUUCUGUGGAUUGUUUCAGGCAACUUCUCUCGGGAACUCCGCUCGACGACACGAUCAGUCCGUUCGGCCUGUUGACACUGAUCAGUGUCAUUCUCUCCCAUAUAUGCACACUUCGCCUUGGAAACCACACAGGGACGGUCGCGACCCCACCUCCGGAUGAGGAAUCCCUCAAACUGGCGCUGCAUACAUGGGAAGAGGCGUGGAGAACCCAUCCACAUGCGACGACUGUCCCGGAUGCACCCCAGGGCCCGCUGAUGGCCGACGCGCUUGUCGUGCUCAACUCCGCAUAUUACCGCUUAUACGCGAACGUGCAGAUGAACGAAAUGAAGACGCUCGCCCUGCUACCAGUCGACCAGGUCUCUCGGAGCCGGAUGGGAAGGCUCUAUCACUUCGACAAUCCUCCUGACCUGAUGAAAGCGAUAGUCCGAGCCUGCAGGUGUCUGCUGGUCCGUGUCCGCUUGGGACUGGGCUACCUGUUGAAGACUUCGUGCUUGAACUACCCAUGCUACGCGCCGUUGGCCGCUUAUGAAGGAAGUCUGUUGAUGUGCUGGUACCUCCUUGGUCGGCACCUCUCGGAGAUUCCCGGACCAGAAGAGCUCGUCAUCACCACCAUGAUGGACGAGAUCGUCGCCGAGAGCGAAUAUAAAUACGAAAAGCCGAUCCAAAGAGAGCUGCUGCCGAUCAUGAUCUACAGGGACAUGAUCAGGGAGAGAUGGGUCUGGCCUGGUAUGUUGCUCCGGAGUGAAUGA